CGUACUGCGUUUACAAUGGGCGAAAACAAACCAUUGAUUGGUCGCUUGGGUGGUCCGACCCCAUGUAGUUUUGAGUACCGACAGAAGGGAAACGCUCAAGACAGUCACCUCGAAGGAUGCACAUGCGCCGCCUCGAAAUACAGCCAUAUACUUUAUAAUCAAUCAGCUGAAAUACGGUCUUGCUUUGCUGAAUACUCAGAAGUCUAUCGAAAAAAAUUCAUAAAGCUUCUGUGCCUUGGAAGAGACGCCGUAGGACGCAAUCUUUGAUCAUCUCUGCAAUAUGAUGCUCCGCUUUCGCUUAGUCGUCGCUGUGUGUGCAGUUUCGAAUUACCAAUUGCCGAGGGGCAGCCCAGUAACUUGGAACCCCAAUCAGUUUUCGAGUCGCCACAACAGGAGAAAUGCCACCAUAACAUGUAAAAAUAUACCUGGGGAUACAAACUGGCCUAGUAAUGAAGAGUGGUCUCAGCUCAACGAAACAAUUGGAGGACAGUUGAUCUCAACGAUACCACUUGCACAAGUUUGUCACGGCCAAAACUUUGAAGCUGCUGCAUGUGCGGAUCUCCGAGAAAACUGGUUGCUUCCUUAUCCACAUAUUCGGGACCCUACUUCCAUAAUCACACCCUAUUUCCAAAACCAUUCGUGCGACCCCUUUGCCGGGGAAGACACUGCUUGCAGCCUUGGCAAUUAUCCAGUCUAUUCUAUCAAUGUGACUCAGGCUGCAGACGUACAAGCUACAGUCCAUUUUGCGCAUGAAAGAAAUAUCCGCUUGGUCAUCAAGAACACCGGCCACGAUUUGCUUGGCAAGUCAAUAGGGCUGGGGUCUUUGUCCAUUUGGACGCAUAAUCUGCAAAGCAUUGACUACAUUGAAGCUUACACCACGGAUGCAUCUUCAUACACGGGCGCGGCAGUCCGAUUUGGUGCCGGAGUCCUGGUCCAUAAUGCAUUGACCUGGGCCGACUCCAUCGGCGUUCGUGUGGUGGCAGGAACGUGCCCCACCGUGGGCGUGGCGGGGGGGUAUACUGCCGGUGGAGGACACGGCCUGUUGACAUCGAUCUAUGGCAUGGCGGCUGAUUCUGUGUUGGAAUGGGAAGUUGUGCUACCUUCUGGCGAGCUUGUCACUGCAACGCCUCAUAACGAUCAGGCAGACUUGUACUGGGCAUUGUCCGGAGGCGGAGCCGGGACAUUUGGCGUGGUCAUCAGCAUGACCACACGAGUAUACCCUGACGAACCCAUGGUUGGCGCCAGCUUUGCUUUUACCACCAACGAUACCAAAGGCGGUAAUGUAGAUGGUUUCUGGGAUGCAAUUUCUAUUGUACAAUCCAGUCUUGGCUCCUUGGUAGACUCGGGUGCUACGGCGGCGUACGCGUUUGCAGCUGGCAUUUUCAGCGUCUAUGCGGUAGCCAUGCCGGGUGGCGAUGUCAGUGUUCUAGAAAGCAGUCUUGCACCUGUCAUCUCUGCAGCGAAAGAUGCGGGGUUCCAGCUCACGGUUACCAAAAGCGUUCACACCGGGUUCUUGGAUCUUUACAAUACAUACUUGCUACAAGCCGUCACUACCACUCCCGAGGCACAGAUCACCGCUGGGAGGAUUAUCCCAAGGUCUUUGAUGGAAGAUAAAUCGACUGCCUCGGUUGUGGCUGAUGCCAUGCGCUUCGCCAGCGAUCAGGGUUUCGUUACGACUUGCGUUGCAAUAAACGGCACGCGGAAGGAUUUGGUAGAUUCUUGCCCCAACGCCGUCUUCCCGCUGUGGCGCGAGGCGUUACUGAGUUGUAUCUUCACGCAGACUUGGGACUUCAGUGCACCCUGGGGCAAUAUGGUUGAUCGCCAGGACAUCCUGACCAAUAUCGUCAUGCCUAAAGUCGUAGCUGCUACGCCUGGCGGAGGAGCCUAUCUGAACGAGGCCAAUUUCGAGGAAAACCAGUGGCAGGACACCUUCUAUGGAGAGAACUACGGAAGACUGAGAGAGAUCAAGCGUGCACUGGAUCCCGAUGGAAUCCUGUAUGCAAGGACUGCUGUAGGGAGCGAGGAAUGGAUACACGACGAGCAAGGGCGGCUAUGUCGGACAUGACCAUGAUGCAAAAUCCCCUAUUCCAUGAUCCUUUGCUAUUCAACUCGCAGUGCGAUCUUACAAUGUUCCGUUCUUUCAGAUCGCCUUGAAGGCAACCCGUCCCUCCACAGUUUGAUGCCAUUCCCAGCGUCAAUUUUUUACACUUCGCAAUGCGGUCUUAUCCGUGUCGGUUCAUUGAGAAACACGACGACCUCCGCUGUGUCAGCACAUGGUGAAUACAUACGGUAGCCACGUU